CGACCAUGGCGGAGGCCGCGGCGGCAGCAGCAGCGAAGACCCUCCUCCCUGGCCUCCCAGAUGAGAUCGUGGUAUGGGAGAUCCUCGUCCGCCUCGACCCCAAAUCCAUCCUCCGCAGCCGCGCCGUCCGCCGCGACUGGCGCUGCGCCACCACCAACCGCCGAUUCCUCCUCGCCCACCACGCCCGCCAGCGCGCCCUCCCCAUCCUCUCCAGCGACGGUGACCGUAACAUCCUCACCUUCGACCACCGGGCCGCCACCGCCUCCCAGCUCCACACCGUCGCUCGGCUUGCUCUCUCCCAGCCCUUCAAGCUCGAGGCCUCCUGCGAUGGCCUCCUCAUUCUCUCCAAGCAUGAAGUUGCUGGCCCUCGCCCGGGCAUCGGCUCUCGCGCCCUCCUCACCGUCUGCAACUCAGUCACUCGUCAGCAUGCCUCCCUCACGCGUACACUGAAGGACUUCAACAUCUUGGGGAUGUACGCAUACCGCCCUACCGGCGAGUACCGGCUGUUACUGCAAGGGACGAGCUUCAUGGACUCGUCUAGUGACCGAACUGGUUGCUAUGUCUUGAAGCUGGGAUCCGAUGAGGCACCAAGGUACAUUGGGUGCUCCAAGACCAAAUUGCAGUCGGCGAUCUUCCAUGCGCCUGUGCGGGUCCGUGAUAGCUUGCAUUGCUGUGACAAGGCCAAGAAAAUUGUUGAUAUAUGGGUGCUGCAGAACUAUGAAAGUGAGGUUUGGGACUUAAAGUACCGGGUUGAUUUGACAAUAGCAGAAAUCUGCGCGAAGUUUGAAGGCCUUAAUGGUAAUAGCUAUUGGCAUGUGACCGUUGUUUCAGGUGAUGGUGACGUGCUCUUGCUGGUCAGGUUUGGUCAAUCACAGAACUGGCUGUUUUAUGUUGACACUAAUGGAAAACUGGUUGCUAGCUUCCAAGACUUAUAUGUUGGUGAAGUUGGCAACAAAAAGAGGCAGAUUCUCCUUCCUGAUUUGCAGGUCGCACCUGACUUCUGGAAGACCUUGGAGCACUACUGGUAG